AUGUUUUCCCGGGCUGUUCUGAGAUCAGCUGCAAUAACCCCGCCUUGCCUCCCCUCCUCUUCUCCUGCUUUCCGUCCUCUCUCUUCCUUCGUCUUCAAUUGCUCUCGUUCCAAGCCAUCUCUUCCUCAAUUCUCCCUCCGGUCCUUCCACCAAUCCUCAGCAACCAUGUCCAACACCAAGGCCUUCUUCGACGUCGAGUACGCCCCUCAGGGCACUGGUGCCCCCAAGACUGGCCGUAUCGUCUUCAACCUCUUCGAGAAGGACGUCCCCAAGACCGCUAGGAACUUCCGUGAGCUCUGCAAGCUCCCUGAGGGUCAGGGCUACAAGGGCUCCACUUUCCACCGUAUCAUCCCUCAGUUCAUGCUUCAGGGUGGUGACUUCACCCGCCACAACGGCACUGGUGGCAGGUCUAUCUAUGGUGAGAAGUUCAAAGAUGAGAACUUCAUGUACAGGCACACCAAGCCUGGUAUCCUCUCCAUGGCCAACGCUGGCCCCAACACCAACGGAUCCCAGUUCUUCAUCACCACUGUCCCUACCUCUUGGCUCGAUGGAAAGCACGUCGUCUUCGGUGAGGUCGCUGACGAGGCUUCCCUCGAGGUCGUUAAGGAGAUUGAAAAGCUCGGCAGCAGCUCUGGUGCUGUCCGUUCCAAUGUUAAGCCCCGGAUUGUCAACUGCGGUGAACUGUAG